UGUGUGACUGAUGAGCUGAUGACUAACUCUUGCUACAAAGUUUAUGUCUGACCCAGUGAAAGAGUGUUAAGACAUUGACCUGGGACACAUUGAGAACCAAGGCCAAGAUUGUAUAGGGCUAUCUAUAUAACUGGUCUUCAACCAUGACUGGAGCUAAACAUGAGAGUAAAAACAAAGCCAAAACUCAAAAAAGGGCUGGUAUACAAGCUGAAGCAAAGAGGGAGUCUACUGCCAUAGUCAGACCUAUAGCCAAGACCCAGGACAAAGCAAUAGCCAAGGCAGGGUCUCAAGCUGAUGCAGCGGCAGUGACGAAGGCAAGGUCUAAGAACAGGAUUGUUACUGAGAUAAAGGAAAGAGCCCUGGCAGAUUUCAGUCCCAAAGCUGAAGAUGAGGCCACUAGAGUAUCUGGGAUGUUUUCUGUGUCUGAGGCUAAUGCUGAGUCCAGGUCCAUAUGUAAAGAUAAGGCUUGUAUUGAUACCUGGUUUUGGGCUGGGGAAGAGGCCAAUGUCGGUUCCUGGUUUUGGAAUGGAGAAGAGGCUAGUAAUCGUUCCAGUGCUAAGGAUGAAGGUAAAGCUGGUAUUGGUCCCCCAUCCUGUGCUGAAAAGUUAGAGCCUGUGGCUGGGGCCAGCUGCAGAGGUAGGCCAGGGACUGAGGAGGAGGAGGAGGAAAAUGUUAUUGGGAACUGGUUUUGGGAUGGAGAUGAAGCUAGUUUUGAUCCUAAUCCUAGACCUGUGAGUAGGAUAGUUAGGCCCCAGCCUGUGGAUGAAAUUAAUGAAAAAAAUAGGCCCAAGGACUGGUCUGAGGUAACUAUCUGGCCCAAAGCCCCUGCUGUAACUCCAGCAGUGUUAGGAUUUAGAUCCCAAGUCCCAUUUGAGACAAAGCCUCCUUCAUAUAUUGUCCUGGCCUCAGCUGAGGAAAAUACCCAUUCUUUGCCUGUGGCAACAACAUGCCCUUCUAGGAGCACUACUUCAUGCUCACAGCCUGUCCCUGAGUACCCAUUUGGUUCUGACCCUUGCAUCCAGACUAUAGAGGAGAUUAGACGCCAAAUCAGGAUCAGGGAAGUGAAUGGGAUUAAGCCAUUUGCUUGCCCUUGCAAAAUGGAAUGCUACAUGGAUUCUGAGGAAUUUGAAAAACUUGUUACCUUACUCAAGUCAACUACUGAUCCUCUCAUUCAUAAAAUAGCUCAAAUUGCAAUGGGGAUCACUAAUGUUCAUCCCUUUGCCCAAGAGUUUAUUAAUGAGGUGGGUGUAGUGACGCUUAUUGAAAGCUUGCUCAGUUUUCCUUCCUCUGAAAUUAGAAAAAAGGCCGUAAUUACUCUGAAUCCUCCUUCUGGGGAUGAGAGACAACGCAAGAUUGAAUUACACGUUAAGCAUAUGUGUAAGGAAACCAUGUCUUUCCCCUUGAACUCACCCGGACAGCAAUCUGGAUUAAAGAUACUAGGGCAACUGACUGCUGAUUCUAACCAUCACCACAUUGUUGCCAGUUACUUUUCAGAGCUUUUCCACUUGCUAUCCCUGGGAAAUCGUAAAACCAGAAAUCUUGUUUUAAAAGUACUUUUGAAUAUGUCUGAAAAUCCAGCUGCAGCCAGAGACAUGAUCAAUACAAAGGCCUUAGCAGCAUUAAAACUCAUCUUUAACCAGAAAGAGGCAAAAGCCAAUCUCGUUAGUGCUGUGGCCAUAUUUAUUAACAUAAAGGAGCAUAUCAGAAAGGGUUCAGUUGUAGUUGUUGAUCACAUGAGUUACAAUACACUGAUGGCCAUUUUCCGUGAAGUUAAAGUAAUUAUUGAAACAAUGUAAAAUGAGCCAGAAAUAAAAGUGAACGCUUCGAACAAUCUAAUAGGCUGUGUAUUCCUAAAGAGCCUUGCAUAAUAUUUUGAUUAUUACAGUGUACACAUUAUAAAUCACAUCUGUAAUGUGACAUUACCUGCGACAGUCUCUAGGUUUGAGCUAGACCAUUUUUGAGAUAUCAAAUGAAUAUUGCACUGUAAGCUAAAAACAUCUGUUGAUUUUUAUCUUGUGUAGAUGGGCAACUUUUUAACAUUUUACUUAAGAUAGUGAACCAGUUCAUCUUAAGUAGGCUAAACUUAUGCGUUAGUAUUUGCUUAGAUCUAUUUG